AUGGGUGAGGAAAAUUCGAAUAACGCAGCAAAAGGUAACCCUUCGAGUAUUGUUUCAGAUUCUUUCAUUUCUUUACCUCCACAGAUUACUCCCAUUGUUCCUAUAACAUCCACAACUGAUUCUCCAACCUUUGCAAACAUUAUUUCACAACCUUUCACAAAUCUUUUUUCUUCACAAUCAACUGAUCCACCAACCACUACUUCUCCGAUAAAAGAUUCAUUCAUGGAUACAGAAAAUGACUCUGAAGGUUUUGGGGGAACCUUUGAGAAUCUGGAGUUUGAUGAUGAGGAAACAGACUUCCCAGAUCAUAUGCUAAUUACGAUGAAACAGUUUAAAAUCUUGAAUACGAAGCUCAACUCGAUUAUUCAAUCUCAAGCUGAUCUUGGGGGAGUUACGAAAUUUGCAAAGUUAUACGAAAGUCUGAGCCCUCAGAUUACUCAGCUUUAA